UGUACAGGAUUGCCUAUGAGGUUUGUGGUACCUGGAUGUAUUGGAUAAUUGGCACGUACGAUGUUGAGAUCGAUAAGUUGGCCUUAACGAGUGCGCUUCUUCGGAGCGGAGAGUCCUUCGGCUCGACCAUGUCGUAUGCUGUCGGCUCAACGUCCUCAGCAUCUAUGAUAGUCAACUUGCUUGUCGCUGCUGUCAUGUGGUUUGGUGCAGUAACAACGACCACCUGGAGCGCAUGGCAAGUGAAAGAUGUUACAGAAGACGAAGGCGAGCGAUCGAGCUCCGAUGGCGAGACAGGUCACGGCGUGACCAAAGAGGGUUCUAUCACUGUGGCCGCACUAAGUAGCAUCCAGAUUGAGGGGGAAAUUACUGAGAUCAAAGAUGGGGCUGCCGCAAAGGAUGAAGAUAGAGACGCGCGGAUGUUCGGAGCCGCGACGAUGAAGGGCUGACAUAUGCCGCGCAGCUCGGUCAAACCUCGGCAGGAUGGUGCGGGUCGGGCAAAGGCUACUGGAGUAGCUGCGUCUGCUGUGCUACAUCCCACUCUUUUUAUCACCACACACUGUGGUCUCUUCCUGGCAGUAUUACCCUUUGAAUAAGAAAAACUCC